CCAGCCUGCUCUGGUUGCCCCUAGGUGAAGCUGCCCCUGCAGACAGAGGUGGUCACGGCCGAGGAGCUGAUGGCACAUUUGGGGAAUUGCAUCCUGGCCACCCAACCCAAGGACACCUCGGAGGGGCUGCAGCUGAACUUCCAGCAGAACAUCAGUGACACCAUGACAGUGCUGCCCAAGCUCUCCACGGGGCUGGACGUCAACGUGAGGUUCACGGGGGUCUCAGAUUUCGAGUACACCCCCGAGUGCAUCGUCUUCGACCUCCUCAACAUCCCACUGUACCACGGCUGGCUGGUGGACCCCCAGGUGAGCCCCCCUGCCUGGCUGCUGGUGCUUCUGGGGGGUCACAGCGGUGUCCCCAGGGCUGGAGAGGAGCUGGGGCUCCUCCUGGCCAAGGUGACCGAGCUGAGGAUGGAUGUCCCAACCUUGGGAGUGCUCAGGGCCAGGUUGGAUGGGGCCUGGAGGAACCUGGUCUUGCAGGAGAUGUCCAUAACUGUGGUUUGA